AUGCCUACUUCCGUUUUGAGCACAAGAGUGGAUGCAGUAGAUGAGAUGAUGGCAAAUGCUAUGGAGCAAGCAGAUCAGGAUGCUGAAGGCAUAACUGAUCAGGCGAAUGUCGAAGAGGUUGUAACUCAGAGGUGUCCUGCUGGCGCCUCGGAGUAG